CACUUCCUCAUUUUCAGGCCUCAGGCGACAAGAUAUUGUGUAAUUUCUGUCGCUUCAGACAAUCCUACAAGAUGUUGUGGCGUCCCCCAAAUCCUGCUCACCGGUGGCGCAGCCUUUGGGGUCAACAGCCUCGCGGGAGCCUGAUCAUCGAGCAGUGUUUAAAGCUCUGCACCCUUUCGAAAUAUUUUCCAUCAUCUUCUAUGCCUAGCCCUUGCGAUGGCGACGCCAAACCAGAACGACGAAACGUCAAACACCCAGAGCGGUCUUGAUGGCGUUGCGGACGACAUCCACUACCUCAUUAUUUCCGAGCUGAUGAAAACUUCGCAGUCAGCAGUGCUCGCACUAGCGCAGUCAUCGCGGGCUUUGCGGGAGGCUGCAUUGCCGUUCAUCUACCGAGACCUCGUUCUGGCGAAGGGAGCAAGCGACAGUUGGACGCAGCGGGCUUACAACGCACUAAUUGAGCAAUUCCGUGACGACAAAGACGGUCGAAUCGCAAAGCAUGUUCGCACUAUAACAGUCAAGGCCGAAUUACCUUCUGAGGAUUUGAUGUUGAUCUUCGAUAAGAUCUCGGAAAGUGGUACUCUCCGCAAGUUAAGCUGGGAAACCUCAGCCCACAUUCCAGUUUCCGUUCUCGACAAACUCCACGCAACUUGGCCGGACCUCGAACUCUCAGUCCGCGUUCUCGACCGCCAGAGCGUCAGUGAUCGAGCGCAUCGCCAGAUGGACACUCGUCUCCUCUCCUCUCCGCUCUUGGUCUCGCUCAUCUACACUAUCUACAAUCAAGGCUACCACGCAGAGCAGCCUUCACGCUCCGAAUGGCCCAAACUCACCCAGGCUCUUGUCGCCGGCGGCAACGUCCGAGUCCUACGCAUCCAAAGUCAGCAGGACGGAACCGAAUACCGGGGUACCAAGAUCUUGGAUGACAAUGAGCCCAAGAAACUGACCCGCUUGGACAUCACCCCUGAGUCUCGUCUCCCUCCUCUAGAAGAGCUUAGCAUCGAUAUCCAGCUUUAUUGGGGCGGCUCAAGCUACCUGUGGGAUGCGGAGCAUUGCCUGAUGCUCCGCGAUGCCAUGGACUGGUCUCACCUGCGCAAGCUCGAUUUCGGCGGCGACAAUCCCUACGUUUUCUUUUCCGCCUUCACUGGAUUGUUGCCAAAUCUGAGAGCCCUGCGAUUCGGAGUGACGGAAGGCCAAGUGCGACCUGCGAAGGUCUUUAUUAAACACCUCACGGCAGUAGAGAGUCUCGACAUUGCUCGCGCGCAGCUCGGGAUCGACGCGCUGUGGCCCGCCAUAAUGAAGCAUAAGAACACGUUGAAAGAGAUCAUUCUCAGACCGACGACGAGCGGCUAUUACGCACCUCAAUACAUUGAUUUCAGUCGCUUGGAGACGAUCGCCGAAGAGUUCCCUGCGCUUCAGCGCCUGGGCUGGGACGUGCCCUGUAAAGAGAACAUCGAUGACAAAUACCUAGCCAUUCUGUCCACCAUAAACCUCAAGCAGCUUGAUCUGUUCUUACAUCUGCCCUUCGGGGCCUCGGACUUCAGCGCCGAACUAACGCAAAACGCCAUGGGCUCGAUCCCGCCGCCGCCGCUCAAGAAGAAGGGCUCCAAGAAUGCCGCCAUUGCCAUUAUGGAGGCGAUCUCGCAGGCCCAGGAGCGACCUCUAGGGUGGCUCACCCUCCACUUUUCCCGCACUGGGCUUGAAGACAGAGGACAGCCGUACUUGAUGCAAGCAAAGAUGCAGUUGAGACGAAGCAAGGGCGAGAGUACCAAUGGCGCUAAAAAGUACGAGUUCCGAGGUAAACAGGAGUGGUAUGGUCUUCUGUCGCUUGAGGAGGAAUUGGCCUUGGAAGAGGAAUAAAUCGAAGGUCUACGGCAAGAAAGUAGUUUCAUAGGUACUCAAUGUUAUUACUUUUCUAUACUA